AGAUUUCUUGGAAUAUCACACUUCACCUUUACAAGUCCUUCAGUCAACACUCAAGUUCACUCCUCAAUUUAAGAUGAAUACCUUCAAAACUGUCGUUAUGAUUUGUGCCAUGUUGAGCGCUAGCUGCUCCGGCCAGUACCUCUCCCAGCACAACCAGGGAAACCCUGGACUCGGUGGAAUGAUGAGCGCUCCCCCGGCCUAUGCCGGUCAAAGCCAACAAUUGCAAGGUCCAUCGCCCAGCAGCCGCCCGUCAUUCGCUCCGGUUGAUCAAUCCAGCAGCCAGCAGCAACAAGCCAGCCCAGCAGCAUCGGCCAGCUCUGCUUUCAUCAGCGGAGUCGCCGCACCGGCCACCACCCAGCAGAUCUGCACUUGCAUCACCGUUAACCCAACAGCCUCAGUAGCAGCUUCAUCAGCCCAGCAGCAAUCAGCCCAGCAAUCCGCUUCGGCACCUUUGACCGACUCCUUCGCUCCUGCCGCCCAGCAACAGCAGACCUUCUCUGCUCCCCAACAACAACAAUCCUUCGCUGCUCCCCAACAGACCUUCGCUGCUCCUGCCCAGCAACAGCAGGCGUACGCUCCGGCUCAAUCCGGUCCAGCUCAGAGCGGCAACGGACGUUAUUAAAUCAUACCGACAUAUACCUCUACUGCUGGUGUGUGAAUAAAUACCUGACGGUCAUCUUCUAUAAUUGACUGAAAACUCAUCUGACAAAAUAAAAUUCAAUUCAUAAA